AUGGCCGAAUUUAGAAUCAUGAAAUGUCUAUUUGCACUAAGCGCGUUAGCUUUACAAUCGAUCGUAUCUCUAAAUGCAUUGUUGUGUGAUUUCGGUGAUGCAGAUGGUUUUAACGGCAGCAAUGCUCUUGUCACGUGUCGAAUGGAUAUUGCCUACUCCUACUUAGCAACUGUGAUAUGCCCAAGUCGAGUCCACGAUACUGAAUACACGUGGCAUCCUCAGCCAACGUCGAAGGAACAAUCCCAUAUUACCACGUAUGUAAGUGGUAAUGGCAAGCUACGUUCUGUCGCUCUUUCGGAUGUAGUACGAUCUGAGUCAGAGAAGCCACUCGUAUGGUUCGAAUCGAACAUGUCAGAAAGGGCACUAAAAUUGGAUUUUCUAAUUGCCGAUACAUAUGCCAUAACCGAGCGCCGCUUGAUGUUUAUCUGCGGGCCGCUCGAUUUCAACUUGGGUGAGACGUUGCAGCGCCACCUAGAUCGCCUCAAUGUCGCCAUUCAAAUGCAAGAGCUUCCUUGGACGUCAUCCACUCCACCGAUUAAUGAAAUAGCUAACUUAGGGAAGGGUAUAGGUGUGUUUCUCUUGUACAGAGGAGACACUCAUCUACCUAUUCAAGGUUGUGGCAGCCGCCCCUCGCCACUUUUUCACGCAGACAGUGAAGUAACAGUGGAUCCCAUCACCGGAAUCCGUUCAUGUGUGGCGGAUCCUAUGUCGCAGUCACGUAUUGGUUUUGUUUGCGAAGGGAGGAUCGAACCUGAGGAUUGCAUGAGAUCCCUCUUAUACAAGGACGGCAGCAUUAUGUCUGUCCCUGCACCGUAUUCAUACAGGAAUUCCUAUAGCACAGGGCCUUGGGUGGUGGCGAAAUAUUUUAAUGAAUUAGCCUUACCUCCCUUCAGUGGCGAAUGUAGGUGCAUAGAUCCCGAAACAGAUCACAUAAAGGCCAAGAUAGAGAUCCGUUCGAAAACCGACCACGUCUGUGACAUUUCCAGCAUGAUGGAACGCGGCCGUGCAAGUCCUAUCAGUGGCCCUUGGUGCUCGGUUGUACUCCAUCCGGGCAGCACUUUGACCAUACGGUUUCCGGUACGCGGCAUAUAUGCAAGUUCCGACAGAGAUUUAUCGGAUGCAGUGCGCUACCAAAAGUUGCCUAUUAAUGAAUACGAAACCGAAUUCCUGCCGAAUGAUUUGAGUACACUGAGACAAUUGGCAAGCUUCUACGACUUUGAUAUUUACGACGAAAUCCCAUACCACGAUGCCAUUUCUGGAGACGCCCUUGAGAUGGAUGCUUCCCAGAUAUCCCAGGGUGAGGUAAAACUGAUAUACCAUCAGGGCAAACCUCUCACGUCACUAGGAGGCCACAACGCCUUCUUGUAUCAUUGGACAUUGAAAUCAAGAAACGAGAAUGUUGCAGACACAAUACGUGCCAUCGUCAAUGUCUCAUUUGCGUUUACUCAUAUAUACCACAUAGUUGGUUGUGACCGACGUACACCAGGUGUGUUUGAUCGUAACACUAGCAGGCGUUAUUGCUCAACGAAAGAAAUGGGGAAUGGUAUCGGGGACGUUUACGAAUGCGCGUACAAUAAAAUGUCGAAUAUGUUGUGGGCUGGCAUUCAUUGCAGCCCAGGGGAGGAGUUGUUACCGGCUAACUGUGAUCAUGCAGGAUACGACCUACACUCUAAUCAAGUAAUGCCAUUUCCCGAAUCUUUGCGUAAUGCAACUCCACACCCCAUGAGAGAAUUUCAGGUGUUCCGCAUGGGAUUAGAAAAUGUUCCCCUCAGCCAUGCCUGCAUCUGUGUUGAUAAACGUGGAUACGAAACGUCCAGGCUUAUUUUGGAGUCUAGCCACCGAGAAACUUACACCUACUUAGUACGCCGUAGAAAGAAAUUGCGGAGGUUAAUCUCGUCCAUAUCGCCGCCCAGGAAUAAGGCCAAAUUAUUAAUUGAAGGGAUUGCUUCAGCGAAAUCGACCAUGAUAUACCACGAACCACAAAAGCCCAUUACACUAAAUGUAGGCAAAACGUUGGUCAUGAGUUGCUCACUUGAUACAGAGCUCCAGACUGGUAAAUAUAAUGGAAUGAUAGAAAGUAUAUGGCUGCCGACGCAAACGGAGGCGCUCUAUUACGACGUUAAGGAGACACCAUAUGGGACUCGGCUUGUUAGUAAAUCAUACAACAAUUCCAUUGCUACUAGUCCUGAUGGAUUUCGAGUCACAUACGAUAAUGGAACCUGGACAGCAUAUCACGAGUUGACUAUACAAUCACGUAGAGGUGCCGUCAUUAUCUCUAAGGACCCACUGCACAAGAAAUUCGUACCCAUGUCAUUCGUAUGCGGUAUGACGCCCAAACAGUCUGAUUUGUGUACCAUCGCUGACGACGCAACUGAAUUGGGCUCAUCUGCAGACUCCAUACAUCAGGCCACAAGAUUGUCAGGAAAAUACACGUGGAACGUGGUUCAAGUUAACGUCGAAACGACGGAUCCCUAUAUGCAAGGCUGUGGCGUUACGUACGCAACAGAUGAGCUGUUCAAACCUGAGACACCCAAACUCUACAACGCCUACGGACAACUCAAGUUUGGUUGCAAGAUCGACAUUCAGGCUGCGGGCGAAGCGGCGUUCUACUGCCCUGCGCCGUACGUCCUGGACCCACCCAAUUGCUUCAAACAAGUAUUAGUGAAUGGCUUAGUCAAGAACAUAAGCGACCUCAGUUAUUCAUUGGUUGCUUCGCAUUCCAAUCACUUCGUGACACUGCAUUCAUUCAGUAAACUUGCAGGACCUGGUGAGACGUUGCGCCCGACGCCACCCUUGGAGUGCCGCUGCGUAACCACAAAGGGCAUCAUCCUCUCCACCAUACAGAUCGAGAACUAUUAUGCCAAGUGA